UUUGUGUAAAUGUUGUUACUCAUUAUCAUGGCAGACUGUGGGAAUUCAGUUGUAGUCUUGACCUUGGGCAUUGCUAAUCUGUAUCUACCAGUACCAAUGUGACAGAUUUAUGUAAGAAGACUAUUAUGAUGCCAAUCCUAGUGAAUUUAGAGAGGGUUUGAUAUUCCUUUCAACUGGGUAGCGCUUUAACAGUAGUCUAAUACAUAUGGAUAGACAACAAUAAGCUAUUUCACAACUCUAUUUCACCACCACAGCGCUGGUGUUUUAUGGUAAAAAAAAAAUCAAAAAUAUGUGGGCCAGGGCUGAGUAAACGUAUAAUAAAUCAUUGACCAAGUUGGACUAAAAAGGUGGGGUCAAAGAGGAUAGCUUUGACCUUGUGUGAGUGGUCACAUGAUCAAAAUAGAAUGUGGAGAUGGGAGUGGUCACAGUUUUUUUGUUUUGAGCCCUUAUUGAUUUCAAUCAAAUUUACCAAUCACAUCUAUCACAUAUGAGAGAAACUGCUUCUAUGUUAUGUCAUACUAGUACAUUGUCACUCAAUGGUCUCUCUAGGUCACUUCCAGGCAGGCAGGCAGCCCUCAGCUCCCAGAUCGAAAGGCCUAGUUAAUGAUUAACAAUACCAGUCAGAUUUAUUGUGUACAGUGAUUCUGUCAGGAAGCAUUUCCUUCUCUAGCCUGUCCGGGAAACACACACUCUACAGACACACUCUCAGGCUCUCUGCCUGUCUACAGCUACCAUACCUACACUUCUAGCUCUAGAUCAGACAGCUGCCAGAUGAAUCAGACCAUGCAACCCUCCCACAGCUCUCAUCCCAGAACACCUCUCAGAUCUGUCCAUCUGCGGGCCACAGAGACUGGCUCUGCCCUGUGUGUCUGCAAACUGCCAGCUUCCCUGUACAGACCAACUGUGGCCAUCUCUUCUGUGAACACCUCUCAGAUCUGUCCAUCUGCGGGCCACAGAGACUGGCUCUGCCCUGUGUGUCUGCAAACUGCCAGCUUCCCUGUACAGACCAACUGUGGCCAUCUCUUCUGUGCUCCCUGUCUGAUCUCGUACUGGAGACUUGGGUCCUGGCUGGAUGCCAUCAGCUGCCCUCUGUGUAGACAAAGGGUCAGUGUCCUGUGUCGUCUUGUCGGUGAGGGUCGGUCAGACAGAAAGGAGAGGGAGGUUCUGGGAGAAAUCACAGACUACAACAAACGCUACUCAGGAACCCCUCGAAGGGUGACAGACUACUUGUGUGACACGCCCCUGUUCCUGCAGCUGCUAGCUCGCAGCCUGGGCGCUAUGGGGGGGCUCGUGUGCCUCUUCUUUGUCAGAGUGGUGCUCUGCUGUCUUGGGGCCAUGGUGUCCCUCUACUCUGCCCCCCUGGACACUCCAUCCUCCCUGUCUGGCCUCCUGGGGGUCCUGGAUGACCUGGUGGUGGUCUUCCUGCUGCUCACCUGUGUUAUCAACAUCAACCAGCAAAUGGCGCCAGAGAGUGGGAACUCCUCAGCACACACAGCCACACAGGGAGUAGGUCUGCUCAGUAACUCACUGUAGCAGCAGAGAUGAUAACCUGCAGUGAUUUAACCUUGGUUUCAACAGGAGAUCUCAAGGUGAAGAAACUAUUUUUUGAGUGAGACCUGGCAAAAUGUCAGCAGCGUCCGUCUGCUGGUUUUCAUCCUGGUGUUAGCAGGUGUUGGACUCACUGUAGCACUAACAUAGACAACCUUUAGGUUUACAGCUAAUUACAGGUGAACAGCAGACAGUCUAACCAGGGGCCCAGUUUAUGCGUUGAUGAAUGUAUGCUGACGUAAGUGUCUCAACUGUCUCACACCUUGCCUUCUUUCUUUCCUUCAUGACCAGUGAUCUGGUGAGAUGGUGAAAGCUACAUGGUGGAACCUACACAACUAGUUUCGCCAUACAUGCGGUGUAGGCCUACCAGUGGAGGCUGGUGGGAGGAGCUAUAGGAGGACAGGCUCAUUAUAAUGGCUGGAAUGGAAUUAAUGGAACGGUAUCUAACAUAAUUCCAUUAUAGCCAUUACAACCAGCCUCCACUGAGUCCUACUCAACUCAUUUGAGGGUGGGCAUGUUUGAUGGAUUACGAUGUAGCAUUUUAUGAUGUUUUUUGUGUAGUGUUUAUUUCUAUUCCUACAGUAUAUACAGUACCUGUAGCCUUUAUUUUGGAGACAGCUAUGGCUAUCACUGGCCUUCAGUGGUUCAGUGAGACCUGGGGUCUGUUCAGGAGGGUGCAGAUUAAAUGUAGGCCUAUUGUGUUGCACCCUGCUCAACGCAACCCUGUUGUUUCUCAGUGAUGUCAGUACUGUAAAAUUAAACUGUAAAUACUUGAUAUUUUACCAAGGCAUUGUUGAAUACUUGCUUCUGAUUGGCAUUCUAGAGCGUGCAUUAUGUAAGGGAUAAUCAAGGAGGGGCUAUGCUUUCUAUGGAAAAUAAUGAACACGUGGAAGGUGUUUUCCAUGACACACCACUAGCAGAGUGGAACUGACCUUCCAUGGAGUUGCAUUUCUGGAGAACGCAAGUUGAUUAUCCCUUUUAUACCAUGGCUAUGAAUUAACACAUUUGUGUUCUUUGCUGGGAGAAAUGUGUUUAACAUCCACUGAAGUAGCUAGCUAGCAAGUUAACUAGAUAGCUACAGUAGUUUCUGUGGUAACCGAACAAACAGACUUGCUAGUUUAGCUAACCAAACCAUCAGUCCUAGCUUGCUAUUAUGAAUUUUGAAUUCAACAUUACCAAUACUGUUUUCAAUUAGACUUUUGCUUUCAAAAGCAGUGUUGUGGAAAUUCUUACACAGGGACACUCAAAGUAAAUCUUAAAUGAAUCAUUGUUUAUUGUCAGAGAGGUUCCACCCAACUCAAUGCACCAUAGUACACAUGUCGAUCAGGGUCUCUAAUGUGGCAGUCCUGUUAGUUCUCUUAUAUACUUACACAGAAAGUAAUACUUGCAUGAUUUAGCUUGUUCAUUAUUUGUUUGCUGUCAUUCAUGUGACGGAUUGCUAUCCUUCAUGUGACCGACCAAUACUGGUUCAUGCAUGUGGCAGACCAAUACCUCAUGAGGCUUCUUCUCUCCAAGCUGAGACUUUGAAACUGAAGUCAGGAUUUCUCCCAGGCAUUCAAUUAGUCACUUGCAUGAACACAGAAAUUGGUUAUUAGAAAAGCACAAACAGAACAUAGAAAUUGAUCAUUUGAAAAGCACAAACAUAAACAUUUCCAUCACAGCAGCUCAAACAAAACAUGUACAAAUUCACUAUAGCCAUUGAAUUCUACAGUGAAAAUAUACUGUGCACUGUAGGGAAAUAAUGCACACUCUAGAAUGCCCUUCAAGCCAAUCAGAAAGGACUAUUCAACAAUUCCAUGGUUUAAGCAAUAAGGCAUGAGGGAGUGUGGUAUAUGGCCAAUAUAGUACAGCUAAGGGCUGUUCUUAGGCACGAUGCCAUGUUACCAACUGGUUACCAACGUAAUUAGAGCAGGUAAAAUAAUAUACUAUGGCGGUCAGCCAAUCAGCAUUCAGGGCUUGAACCACCCAGUUUAUAAUUAAGUGAUAAUGCCAGAGAAGCAUUGGAGGAUAUUUGGAGGAUAUAUUGGCACGGGUGUUGUUAGGCCUGAGACGAAGUCGACGGUUGGUAAACCGUGCCAAUAUAUGCUCCAAACACUGGCUUCGAGGGUAUUAUCACUUUUAUACACUGGGUUACCAGCAUGUUCAAA